AUGGCGAUGCUAGGAGGUUUUAGUGCUACACAGCACAAAAAAAACGUCUCCGACACGAACGGCGAUGUAUCAGAAUUUCUCUGCCCUGUUUGUCUCGAGAUAUUUGACAGUCCAGUCACAACACAGUGCGGCCACACGUUCUGCCAGACUUGUUUGCAGAAAUGUUUGCGUCCACAGAAACCCGCGUGUGCUGUGUGCCGAGCUGCGCUAGGCCAUUGCACAAAAGCUGUAGAGCUUGAGGCCCUCAUCCAAUCAUCUGUAGCGGCGUGCAAAGGGUGUGGCGCUCAGGUUGGUCUUUCUCAGAUGAGAACUCACACAGGAGCUUGUCCAAAAUACCAGGAGUACAUUGAGGAAGGAGUUAGGACCACUGCUCAAAGCCAGCCUGCUAUCAUCAGUCCGGUGCCAAAUCGUUAUACUUUUACCUGCCCUUACUGCAACUGCCAGAAUCUUGAUCAAGACGGCCUGGUUGAGCACUGCACUACCCAGCAUGCCCGCGAUUCACGCCAAGUGGUUUGCCCCAUUUGUGCUUCGAUGCCUUGGGGGGAUCCAAACUACAGGAGUACUGACUUCUUCCAGCAUCUGAAGAUUCGACACACGUUUUCAUAUGAUACUUUUGUUGAUUACUCCACUGAUGAGCACACGAUGAUACAGGAGGCUUUACAGCGCUCCCUUCUGGACAACUGA